AAAGAUAAAGAGAAAGCGUGGCAGCUGAAGGAAGUGGCUGAUAAUAUUCCUAAGAGGCUAGCUAGCUAGGUGCUCAAGAGCGAGAAAGAGGUCUCGUUCUCUGUGUUUGGUGUAUAUAUCGAGAUCACAAUCCUGAUGAUGCUAAUUAAAGCCGUAUGUCAAAGUCCCGAGACAGAGUAAUAUGCUGACUAGAUCAUGACGUCAUGACCAGUUGGAUACGUGGUUGCUGCAAAAGCGAUCGAUGGAGAUGACCUCAUGUUCUGCUGUCGUAGCCUUGUCCUUUUCAACUGCAUGUUCAUCAGGCCAGACUUACAAAAGUCUCUGUAUCACCUUGGUUUACAAAAGAACGAUAAGUUAUUUCGGAAGCACGGAUCAGAAUACAAAAAGGUCAGCCAUGGCUUUGCAUGUAAAGCUUUUGCAACAACAACUAGUGCUACUACUGCUAAUUAUUGGUGUCCAGCUAGUUUUAGCAGCAUCUCAUCCCAAUUAUAAUCCGAGCUGCAACCGCACAUGCGGAUCAGUUAAUAUCCCCUACCCAUUUGGUACAGGCGAGGGCUGCUACCUUGAUCCAUCUUUUCUCAUCAUCUGUAACCACUCUUUCAAGCCCCCAAAACCAUUUCUGGGCGUUGAUAAUAUAGAUGUCCUCAACAUCGCCCUUGAUCAUGGUGAACUUCGAGUCUCCAACUUGGCAGUCCGACGUUGCGACUACUGGCCAGUGUAUGAUAAUCAGCCUAGUUUCCGCCGCUUCUCUGCCUUGCUCAACUUGUUGACUUUUCGCAUCUCACAUACGAAGAACAGUAUCUUUGCUGUCGGUUGUAACCAUUUUGCCUACAUAACAGACUCGAAGGGAUAUGGAAAUGAAUAUAAGUACAUUGCUGGAUGCAUAUCGUUCUGUGACAACGGUACCAGUAAUUUGGUUGACGGCUCUUGCUCUGGCCUUGGUUGUUGCCAUUCUGAUAUCCCGAAAGGAGAAGCAAAUUAUAAUUUAACUCUUAUAAGCCUUUAUAGUGCACUCACCCGUCUCACCCAAUCAUGUGGUUUAGGUUUUAUAGGGGAAACAAAGGCAUACAACUUUUCCACCUUAGAUUUUGAAAAUUUAAGCAACUCCACUGCAGUCACUGUACAGUACUCUGUACCCCUGGUGCUUGAUUGGGCAAUUGGAACUAAGACGUGCAAAGAUGCUGAGAAAAAUAUGACAAGCUAUUUAUGCAACGCAACGUAUAGUCAAUGUUUCAACUCCAGCAACGGUCCUGGGUAUAUUUGCAAGUGCUACCCGGGUUAUAAAGGGAACCCAUACCUUCCCGAUGGACAAGAUGAUAGUUGCCAAGAUAUUAAUGAGUGCAAAGAUCGUCACAAUUCCUGCAGUGAUACUGCAACAUGUACCAACACUAACGGGAGCUACACAUGUACUUGUCCCCGGGGAUACGAAGGCAAUGGGAAGAUGCCGCCUGGAACAGGUUGUAGAAGAAAACUCGGUCAAUCCAAGAUCAUCAUUAUUGCCCUGGGUGUCUGCUUGAUAAGCCUCUUGAUCCUGGUUGUGGGAAGUUUAUGGGUGUAUUCGGUAAUGCAAAGAAGAAAGCUCGUAGAACUGAAACAGAAGUUCUUCCAACAAAAUGGUGGCCUAAUCUUACAACAACAGCUAUUGAGUCACAAAGAAUCUGUUGAGCCAGCCAAAAUCUUUAGCGCAGAACAGCUUGAAAAGGCCACUAACAACUAUGAUAAAAGUAGAGUCCUUGGUCAUGGAGGCUUCGGAACUGUUUAUAAAGGAGUUUUAUCUGAUGACAGAGUGGUUGCCAUUAAGAAGUCCAAUAUUGUUGAUCAGAGCCAAAUUGAACAGUUUAUAAAUGAGAUGGUUGUGCUUAUUAAAAUUAACCAUAAGAAUGUGGUUAAGUUGUUAGGUUGUUGUCUUGAGACCGAAGUACCCUUACUAGUAUAUGAAUUCAUCACAAACGGGACACUUUUUGACCAUAUUCAUAAUAAAAACUUAUCAUCCUCGCUCUCAUGGGAGAAACGUUUGAAGGUAGCAUUGGAAACUGCAGGAGCCUUAUCAUACAUACAUUUUGAGACUUCUAUGUCUAUUAUACAUAGAGAUGUGAAAACUACAAAUAUACUUUUGGAUGAUAACCACACAGCAAAAGUAUCUGACUUUGGAGCUUCAAGACUGGUUCCUCUUGACCACACACGAUUAACAACUGUGGUACAGGGAACUUUGGGAUACUUGGACCCAGAAUACUUCCAUACUAGCCAAUUAACUGAAAAAAGUGAUGUGUAUAGCUUUGGUGUUGUUAUUGCAGAGCUACUAACAGGUGAGAAGGCACUUUCCAUGGAUAGGCCCGAAAGUGAAAGAAAUUUAGCAAUGUAUUUUGUUACUGCAAUAAAAGAGGAUCGCCUACUUCAAAUUAUUGAUGAUCAAAUUCUCAGAGAAAGCAAUAUUGAGGAAAUAAAGGAAGUUGCUAAUAUAGCAAAAAGGUGUUUAAAGGUAAGAGGGGAGGAUAGGCCUAGUAUGAAGCAAGUAACAAAGGAGCUGGAGGGAUUAAGACUUUCAGAAAAAUACUUGUUGAAAAAGGUUGAUCCCAACACACAACAAACUAAGCACUUGCCCAAUGCACCUACAUAUUCUUUGGGAAUUGAUGUUGACAUCGGCAGCUCUUCUAUGAGUACCAUUGUUGGGGAUGAUAGCAUGAGAAAUCAAGUAGUGAAACCAACAGCUUAUGAUGCUAGAUAAUUUGUUCAUGCUUAUCAAAGGCUAGCAUAACCUAUCUCUCAUCGACAUUCAUCAUCACCACCAAUUGCUAGCCAUCCACACCCAUUUUCUCCAGUUGUUGAUGUGCCCCUGACCACCUACUUUUGCUUCCUUACUUUCUCUUUCUGCCUCACAACCACCUUCUUCCUCCAAUUUGAUCUCUUUGCACCCCUAUCUCUCUCUCUCUCUCUCUCUCUCUCUCUCUCUCUCUCUAUACAUAUAUAUUCUUCACAUGCUUAAUUUCUAGCUUCACCAUCUUUUCUUGCCUUUCGUAUAACCUAGUCUCCUUGUACUGUUGUUUUAAGAUGGAAAGAAUGUGAUCAUAGCUUUAUAUAUCAUGCUGAUGUACGACGUGGCUGGGUGUUGUCACAUGUAUAUAGGUGCGUGAUAUUCUCCUUUGAGUGAUUAUUGUAAUGUAAUGUGUUCUAUGUGAGAUUUGUAGUACUAUUGAAAGCUUUUGUGUGUAUUUAGUGAAAUGAAUUACUUGUCUUUUUCCACUUUGUAAUUAAAGCUUUUAGCUAAAUCCAGUAUUGGUACUCCAA